AUGGGGAAACGUAAAAAGAAGAAAUUGCCGGAAGAAGAAGUUUUUGAAGAAACGACCGAAGAGGAAGAAGUAGAUACAAGUACUGACGAAGAUUCCGAGAAAGAGCAGCGUAAAUAUAAGCCGUAUUUUGUAUCAGAUUACAGCAGGAGGUACCCUGAGGACUCUGUCCUCGUUGAUUUUGUAGUUUUUAUAGAGUCAAACGAAGAAAAUAAGCCAAUCGGCACGCGGGACAUGAUGUCUCUAUCCACUCAUAUAAAGAGAUUUAAUAAGGGAAUUAAAUAUUUACAAUCCAUGAACAAAUACAAAAUAGGCGUUCAUUUCGAAAAGCCUUCUUUAGCGAAUGCUUUUUUAAAUAACGUUACAUUCCUCAAUGAAUACCAAAUGAAGGCCUCUAUCCCAGCUGUUGGGACAGAGAUAACAGGCGUCAUAACUAAUGUUCCCAAUAAUCUCUCCAAUUCGAGAAUUUUUGCAAUGUUAACAACUUACAGAAAGAUUAUAUGUGUUAAAAGAAUAAUGAGAAAACGCCAGAAUGACGCAGGACGUAGUUUCCUGCAGCCGACGGGCACCGUGGCGAUCACGUUUGCUUCUAAUGUUUUGCCGGACCACGUCGAUCUUCAUGGUUGGCGGUUCUUAGUAAACCAAUAUAUCCCACCAGUAAAACAAUGCUACAACUGUCUCAGUUAUUGGUUACAGGCAGAGCCAGAGUUUUUUUUGGCGUUCUUAAAUGAUUGCAUUAAAAGUCUUAAUGAAAAUCAUACAAUAUCAUCACAGAAACAAGAGACAUUAGCUAGAUUGAAUGAAAAGAAGAAGCAAAUUCAAUUAUUAGUUAAACCGGCAUCUAAAAAGCCCCCAGCACCUAAACCACCUCCACGCUGGGAUGAUUCAACUCCUCCUAAUGGUGUGUCUCCAUCAUUCGACUUGAGGCCUGUUGUGUCUCAACAACAUGUAUCUGAAGAAUAUGAUGCACCACAAUCUCCAAUAAAGUCCAUAGACAAAACAUUACAAGAAGUAGAGGAGGAUCGGAAAAAAAACAAUGUGCCAAAGACUUCAAAUCAGCUGUCGUCGGACACUGACAACCAGGAUGACAGUCAGGACAGUAGCGAAAGCAUUAAGCCAAAUGCUAUUUAUGAAAUUGUACAAGCAGUACGUAAGGAAACUCAAUUGAGUCAUGAGAUGUCUAAAGUUGCAGUAGAAACUGUGCUUAUAUCAUUAAGGGAGUUCCUUCCCGGUGGCGCUGCAAGAUCUAUUAUUGAUGCAUUACUUCGUGAAGCUAACAGCAACAUAACAUGUCCUAAGAAUGCUAUUGAUGCUGCACCAGACGCUUUACGAAUGAUGACAGCGCUUAAUGCCCUCUCUAAAGCCGCUAAUGAUGCCCAACAAAGAGGCUGGGCUCUACAUGACGAUGCACAUGACAUACAGACACAAUUAUUGGAACUUAUAUCUGUUAUGUCGAAUGCUGAUAUAAAUAUCUCCCAGCACGUGCUAAGCAGCCACCGGUAUGCGUAUGUGACUACCUUGGUGCAGUACUACCAGAUGGAAACUCGUUGGCCACUGCGACAGCUUUUACUUCAGGCAUUCGGUGUGAUGUGCGGACUGGAACGCACUGCACUGGCGACACUGGCGCUGUCCGCGCUGCCGGCGGAGCUGGCGCGGGACAUGCGCGACAACCCGCGCGCGCUCAGCCGCCUCUCACACUCCGCCCUGCUCCUCUCUAUGCUACUCUCUAUGGCAGACAAACUGCCCGUCACACACUUCGAACAACUGGGUGUGGAAUUUGCUCAAUUCCUGCUAGAGCUGAUCGAGAACCCCCCGGAGACGGAUGUAGACGAGCAGAUCCCGGAUCUCUUCCUUACUCUUCUCCUCGCCUACAAUCUGCAGUUCGACAAUCCCCAUGAGAACCUUCUGCUGGACGCGCUCGAAACUCAAGAUAAUGCGAAGACAUUCUGCGAGAAAGUACUCUUAUUGUUAAAUCGCGAAGAGGACCCGGUGCAUAUAUUCGACCACGAGCCAGCACCACCACAUUCUGUCCUCAAGUUGGUCAUCGACCUCUUCAGUCGCAAGAAGACUGCUGAGCACUUCUACACAAACGACGUGAAAGUCGCCAUCGACAUCAUCGUACGACAGCUCGCUGACCUCUCUCCUGGAGACAAUCGACGUUGGGAGUACCUGCGCGUGGUGCAGGGUAUCGUGCGCAACACGGAGUACGGCGCGCAUAGACACCGGCGCGAUGAUCUGCUGCGUUGCUUCGCGCGCAUUCUGUGCGAGGACGCGCCCGCCGCCCCCGCCGCCCCCGCCGCGCGACGCGACCACGCCGCCGUGCGCGCCAUCUACAACGAGUUCCCGCACUUCUUCCUGCCAUAGACAAACUUCAAUACUAUGGUAAAUAUCAUUUUAUGCAAUGUUAAUGUUUUCACCAGUUCAAGGUCAUUUCCAACCGUUACAAAAUAACUAACCAUAUUACGCUGGUUAUGCUGGUUAUUCAGCAAGGAUAGUUAUUGGAUUUCUAAACAGUUGUAAGAUUAUAUCUAAUUAUUGCUUAAUCUCAUAUUGGUCUAUUAAAUUAUAUCUUAGUGAUUCGACAUCGAUAGAUGAAAAUACAUGACUUUCACAAAAAAUUAUGGAAAUUAUGAGAUUCUCAAGUUGGACUAAACACUAAAGAGAAAUGUACUAAAACGGUGACUACUAUUAUUAUUAGUCUUAUCUUAGUUGUCAGGGAGGCCUAAAUAUCUUACCUUCAGUUUACAUUUCUCAAACGUUCUUAAAAAUAUAUUUUUGUCCACCAUUUCUUACGUUUUGGCAAUGACCACCCACGGUUUAAAAUGACACCCACCGCAAUGCAAUUAAAAACCCAGUCAUUAAAGUAGGUAUAAUUAUUAUUGAAAAAAAAAUUAUUAUUAACUCUUUGCAAAUCGAUGGCACUUAAACUAGGUUUAUAAACUUAAAUUUUAUUGGAAAAUAAACUAAAAAAAUAUUUUAUCAUUAAUAGUUACGAG